GUCGACAUAGUCGAAUCUUAAAUCGAAAUAUAAAUUUCUGAUCUAAACAUUAAAUGGCAAUGCAGGAUUGCUUCUCACUUGGUUCGACUGUUGAAGUCACGACGUGUUAUGAUGAGAAAAUUCAGGGUCAAGUCAUGGCUUUCGAUUUAAAUACUAAAGUGUUGAUUCUAAAGACCAAUUCCGAGCUGAACGCCAAGAACAACGACGUAUUCUUCGUUAAUUUGCUGUUCUGUAAAGACAUAAACGUGAAAAAAGAGAAUGUAAAUGGUGCUGAAAACUACAAUCAGGAACCGCAAUCAAUAAAUUUGCAAAGAAUAAGCAACAGAGUUCGCAACAAGGUAGAACAGAAGAAGCGAUUAGUAAGCGCACUCAAAGCAAAUGUAAGCGACGAAGCUCGUAAUUUGUUUAUGUCGCUCGCCAAAACGUUAACAUUCGAACAAGUUGCAUGGAACGGUCCCGACAUUGUAGUGUUUAACGACGUUUAUAUUCGUCCACCAUAUAAGCCAGAAAGCGUCGAAGUCACCACGCACGGAAAACAACGCGAAUUAGAAUACGUUCGAAAGCUCGUAUUAAAUAGGCAAGAACAGAAUAGCAACAGCAGCAGCAGCAAUUCCGGCACAUUAGUAUCGUCGUCGUCUUCUGGCGGUGUUUAAAAUUCUUUCAAUUCCUUCAACUCCCCCCAACACUUCCCAUUAAUACAAAAUCAAACCAGCUUACGUUCCGAAUCUUCUUCCUUCUACAUUGUAAAGAGUAAAUUGCAAAUAAGAAAGUUUAUGGUUCAGAAAAUCGACUCCUUCCUCUCAUUUAUGUAAACAAAUGCAGAAAAUUCUUCAUAAAAGAAAUUCAAACGGACCGCUAAGUUUCUUAUGUAGAAAGAAAAUUGCUGUUCGCUAGGAACUUUCAAUUCUUCAAAAUCCUACAAUUUAUAAGCGAAUUUCGUAAUUAAUAAAUUUCUUUUAUUGAGAAUUCUUUGUAUUUGAUUCCAAUCCAAGUCCUCUUGCUGUCUCCAGUGGAGACACUCAUAGACAUUGAUUAAGCUCCAAUUUACCUUUUUUCUUUCCCUUUCGGUUGCAUAAUAGAAAAAAAUAAUAAAAAAUUUAAAAA